UUACAUUUUCAAACAUUUCUGAUCAAUGCUCCUAUGGAUCAUUUUGUACUCCACCAAACAUAUGCGUAUCAGGUGAUAAAUUUCAUUGCAAAUGUCAGAAAGGAUAUUCAUCUGUUUACAUAAAGAAGUAUUCUAAUAUAGGAACAGAGGACAUCUGUGUUGAUAUUGACGAAUGUACAGAUAAAAACCUGAAUGAGUGUGAAAACAGCACCAUAUGUACAAAUCUUCCUGGAGAGUAUAAGUGUAAAUGUAAAGAAAACUUCAAACAUGUUGAGAAUAAUGAUAAGAAAUGCAUUGAAAUGUGUGAAGAUAACCCAUGUGGUGGACGAGGGGAAUGUAAGACAUUGAAAAAUGAUUUCUUUUGCAAAUGUAAGGAAGGUUACAGUGGACGUUUGUGUGAUACAAAAGAUGAGAUUCUUAAAAGUGCCAAAAUGAAAACUAUUAUUGUGGGUGCAGUUCUUGGAUCGAUUCUCUUACUUGUUAUUAUUAUUGCUGGAGUUUCAAUAUCCAAGCUAAAAAGUAAAAAGAAGGUCCAUAAUGAUGAUCACUAUUUAGAAGAACUUCCUUCUCAAAACCAAGAUAGGACUGGAAUGAAGGCUGCCUAUGAUAAUCCUGCUAUGAAAAGAAAUUAGAUAUUGUAAAUAUAUCAGUUUUUAAUUUGAUGAAAGAAUCAUUCAAAUACAUACGUAUAUAUUAUUUUGAUUAACUAAAUUUUUGAUACUGUAGGUAGUGGCCAUAUAUCAAGUUUAUCACAUUUUAGCCAUAUUUGGUUCAUUACAAAUAUUCAUAUUGAAUCUGUUUGAAAAACUUUUAAAUGCCACGAUUUUGAUGAAAGCCAUUUUAAUUUGUACACAUUAAGAGUUGUACUAGUCAAGAUUAUUUUCAAUUAUAUUUGUAGAGCCAGUAAAGUGUUUACAAAGAUAUUUGCCUUACAUUUAUUAAAUCAUGAUGAAUAUCUCGUAUGUUUUGAUUAUAACCAUUUUCAUUUUUAAAUGUAAAGAAAAAAUUGUACUGAUUAAGUUCAAUUUUGAUAACUAUUUUGUAGAGUUGAUGAAAAGUUUCUACUACUGUUAAAUAAACAAUUUGUAAAAUUC